GCUUAACUUCAAUAUGGAUUACAACAUAAGUCGGUUGUGCCGAGUGUGUCUGGAGGAGGGUGUGUUUGCAUCCAUAUUUAGCACCGACCUGGUCCCAAUGGCUCCGGCCAAUAUGCUUGUAAUGUGUGCGAACAUAAAGGUAUCGAGAGAUGAUGGUCUGCCUAGUACGAUUUGCAACAAUUGCAUGUACCGACUAGGGGUGGCAUUUCAUCUUAAGCAACAGUGUGAAAAUUCUGACAUGAGACUGCGGCAGUACAUGAACGGAGGGUCUGCUAUGGACUACAGCUAUACGCUGGAUAAAGAAACGAUGACGGAUGAUUCGUGGCUGGUGUCGGGAAUGGACCACAAAGGCGAUGAACAGAAAUCGGCAGAAAAAAAAUCAAACAGUAGGAAACGAUACAGACAGAAGCUCCCGGAAGAGCGCAAGAAGAGAGGACCAAAACCGAUGCCGAAAAUACCACAAACAUGCUACCAGUGUCACAAAACGUUCAAAUGUGCCGCACAGUUGCAAAUGCACUUGAGGACCCAUUCCGGUGAGAAACCGUACUCGUGCAACAUUUGUCCUCGAAGAUUUGCUCAAAAGCACAAUCUUGCAAUACACGUACGCACACACACCGGCGAACGGCCGUAUCAGUGUGAAAUCUGUAGUAAGCAAUUUUCCGCACUGGGCAACUUUCAAGCCCACAAGAAAAUACACACCAACGAGCGGGACCACGUGUGUCCGUCGUGCAAUAAGGGCUUCAUCACAUCCGGCGAUCUCACACGACACAUGAUUUCGCACUCGGGCAUUAAAAACUAUCACUGUGAUAUCUGUGCCAAAAGCUUCAGCCGCAAUCGCGACAUGAUGGCACACAAGCGAAAGAUGCAUUUGAACGAAUGUGGCAACGAAAGCUACAAAUGUCACGAGUGUCACAAAGUAUUUGCCACCCUGAAUAAUCUGAACGUGCACAUGAGGGUACAUGCGCAGGAAGUGAAUGUUUCGGUAGCGGAUCCGGUGGGUGAGUUAAUGCCACCAGCACCAUCACAACAGCAACAGCAGCAACACCAGCAUCAGCAACAAUCACUUCAACAUCAACAGGUUCCAGUAGCGAUUCCACUUGGACUUGGACCACCUGGACCGCUCGGUGUUGGUUUGGGUAUGCUACCGUAUCCUUCUUCACACAUGCCAACGCAUCCUCCUGCCCAAGUAGCGUAUCACAGCCAGAUGCACCCAUCCCAGCGGUUGCAUCCGUACUAAUG